GAAGUCCAAAAAGUUGGGGAAAUUGAAAGGGAUGCACGAGGAGCAGCCACAGCAGCGGCAGCAGCCACCACCCCAGAGCCCUGAAGAAGGGACGACGUACAUCGCACCCGUGACCGAGCCCCCUGUAAACACAGCACUUGUCCCCCACAUGUCUGCUAUCUCACCAGCACUUACUCCCUCUCCUGUUAAGAUCCUUGAAAGCAUUGAACCGGAGAUCGUAUACGCAGGAUACGACAAUUCGAAGCCAGACACAGCGGAGCACCUGCUUUCCACCUUAAACCGCCUGGCUGGCAAGCAGAUGAUUCAGGUGGUGAAGUGGGCAAAGAUACUUCCAGGAUUUAGAAACUUGCCUCUCGAGGACCAAAUUACUUUAAUUCAGUAUUCAUGGAUGUGUCUGUCAUCGUUUGCCUUGAGUUGGAGAUCGUACAAACAUACAAACAGCCAGUUCCUCUAUUUUGCUCCAGACUUGAUCUUCGAUGAGGAACGGAUGCGCCAGUCUGCUAUGUUUGAACUGUGCCAGGGGAUGCACCAGAUCAGUCUGCAGUUUGUUCGCUUGCAGCUUAGCUUUGAGGAGUACACUGUAAUGAAAGUUUUGCUGCUGUUAAGCACAGUUCCCAAGGAUGGUCUCAAAAGCCAAGCUGCAUUUGAAGAAAUGAGGGCAAAUUACAUUAAAGAACUAAAGAAGAUGGUAACUAAAUGUCCAAGUAACUCUGGGCAAAGCUGGCAGAGAUUCUACCAACUGACUAAACUACUUGACUCCAUGCAUGAUCUUGUUAGUGACUUAUUGGAAUUCUGUUUCUACACCUUCCGAGAGUCUCAGGCACUGAAAGUCGAGUUUCCAGCCAUGCUGGUGGAAAUCAUCAGUGACCAGCUACCAAAGGUGGAAUCUGGGAAUGCCAAGCCCCUGUACUUUCACAGGAAGUGAUAGAAAAUGUCUUAAAUGGAAGAACUUUGCCUUAAGUUUCCCUGUGUUAUUCCACACCCAUGAAGGACCCAAGAAACCAUAUUUUAAACAUGCUAUUUACACUUGUUCAGCAGUCUCUGAAUAGUCUAAAAUCAUAUGAAGGGUUUGGGGAAUGGAAAGCAGUUGACUUGGAUUUGGCAAGACCUAAAUGUUUGGAAAUUAUCCCAUAACCCUAAAACACUUAGAAAAUGUUCCUGUUCCUCUGGAUGAAAAGCCAUAUCUAGUCAAUAACUCUUUGAUUUUGAUAUUUUAACAGAUGGAGUUUUAAAUAUGCCAUGUAGUUUCUGGUAUUGUUUGCUUGUUUUAAAAGGGUUCAAGAACUAAUGAGAACUUUUUAAAGCUUACCCUUGGUUUGCACAUAAAACGUAAAGUCAAUAUGGGGCAUUAAUAUUCUUUUCUUGUAAAAAACAAACAAAAACUAUAUAUAUACACACAUAUAUACACACACACACACACACACACAAACCCUAACGUGUAAAGUAAUAACAGAACAUUUGGUGUGGAAUACUCUGUUAUCCCCACCUGUGGCAUUUGUUAUCCCAUGUUAUCCCAUCAUAGAUGAUACACACUGUGUUAAGUGUCCAUUUACUAUUUAAUUAAAAAGGAUAAGAUGUGAAAACAAAUGCCCUGGUAUCAAUUUAUGGUAUCUAUUGUGCUGGCUUUACAAAUAAUUUUUUGCAGUCUUUUGCUGUACUGUACAUUGCUGUAUGUAUAAAUUGUGAAGGACCUGAAACAAGGUGUAAGGAACUUUUGUAAAUGAGACAAAAAAAAAAUCUUUAAUGGUUAAUAGGAUGAAUGGGAAAGUAUUUUUGAAAGAACUCUAUUUUGCUGGAGACUAUUUAAGUACUAUCUUUGUCUAAACAAACAAGGUAAUUUUUUUGUAAAGUGAAAUGUUCUGCAUGCAUAAUGAACCGUUUACAGUGUAUUUAAGAAAGGGAAAGCUGUGCCUUUUUUAGCAUCAUAUCUAAUUUACCAUCCUACGGUAUCUGUUGUAAAUAACCACACUUAACCUUUUUGGUUGUAUUUAAGCCUUUCGAUUUUCCCCUCUAUAUUUUUCUCCCUUUUGUCUCGCUUGCAAGCGUAUGUGACUUGAGCACAUCUUAGAAGUCCUGCUUCAUAUUUCUGUUGGAAACUACACUAUGUUGUGUUUGCCACUUUACGAAGGUUUCAUUUAACAAGACAAAUUACGGUCUCUCCAAAGCUUUUGCCAGCUUAAUGACAUAGUGAGUUCUUGCCCUCUGUUCCCUUUCUCUCUCAGGGGAACAGGGGCGAAUAAGAUGUUGAAUGAUUUUUCUUUUUUUGUUAAGGUUUCCCAGAUUGUUUGUUUUUCCUUUGAAUACUGGAUUCAGAAAACAUCUUAAAAGGUCAGAUUAUUAUUUCAGAUGGGGGAGAGCGAUUUCUGAUUAUGAUGAAGGGAACAUGCAGAUCAUUACAGUAAGUAUACUGAACAGAUUUGUACUGGUGAGAGGGCCGGUAAGGUACUGAUACGGGCAGAUUAGCUGAGUAGAAUUUUUAGUGAUAAGCUAAAACCGUAUGUAGUUUUGUAAGCAUUUUUGUAAUAAUCAGAAUACAUCUGAGAAGACAAAUGUUCACACUACAAGUUCAACUCAGUUGGUCUGAUUUUGUCUCAAAAAUGUUUUCUCUAGAGUAAGACUGCAAAGAAAAAAAUUUUUGAGGUGAUUUUCACUAUUUCACGAUUUAUAAGCAAAUACAAAAUUUUGGAGUAGAAUAGAGGACAGGUGAACUUUUCUGAGGCUCAACUGUUGCUACCAUAUGCUCAUGUUUAAACAGAAUAGUUUUUCAGAGUCCUAAUCUAUAGCGUUCUCUCUGGGUGCCACUGGUAUUUCUGAGCUCCAGUUUGUCCCUUGGCUGGUCAGAAUGUAGCAUUUCUUUUCAAUGGUGGUCAAAUUACGAAUUCUACACCCUUUCCGAGUCCAAAUUUUGAGGUGCGCUUUGGUGCCCUGAAGACAGUCGGCACUACUUGUCUUUUUAAAUGACACCUGCCUUAUGCAAAGGGUAAUCUGUAAAGACUGUAUUCAGAGAGGUUUUUUUAUAUAUAAAUAUAUACAUACAUAUAUUAUUUGCAUUUUGGAAGUCUAAUUCAUAGGCAGAUCUUUAAAUACUGACCUGCACAGCAAUAUGAAAGCCAAACUUCCAACAUGAGAUACACAGCAUGCAGACUGGUUGUUUACAGUAAAGACACAGUCAUACAUCCAUCUUCUCAUUUACCUUUUUUUUAAUGUCUAAAGUAGAAAACUUCAAAGCCAGGUUCUGGGGGAAUACAGUCUGCAGCAGCUUUUUAUAUUAACAAAGUUACUGCCUCCUUUUCUGUCUCAGAGUAACUUUGCUUGAUUAAAAUAGCAAAGCCAUAUUCUACACUUCACUGUUAAAUGCCUGUCCCAGUCCAAAUUGUUGUCUGUUUGCUCCUAUUUUUGUACCUUAUUACUUUUAAUCUUGGUUUGGUACAAUUCAUAACUCACAGAAACUUCAUAUAAUUAAACACACUAAAUUAGUUUUAAAAAGCAAUUUAUAUCUUUAUGCAAAAACGUAUGUCUGUCUUUGCAAACAACUGUAAGCAGAUUAUAAUAAAUCCUUUACUUUAAUCACCUGUUGUUUAUGAAACCAUUCAUUGAUUAUUAUUUUUUUGCUAGAGAGCAUUGAAGUAAUAGAUACAAUUGGAUAUAGAUGUUGUAAGAGGCAGUAUUCUCUUAUCAAGGACACUUAAGCAGAAUAGCCAUCACUUUUUUUAUCUAAACCUGUGUACAGAAAAAAAAAAAAAAAAAAAACCAACCCAAAACCAACAGCCCUAGUUUUUAGCUACUGGGAAGUUAUGUUCUUUUGAAUUUGUUUAGAAUGAAAUAGGCAUUUGUCUCCUGCAAAAUACAAGACAAACUAAAACACCUUUUAGAAGUGGGCUUCUGUUCAUUGAGCUAAAUUAUUUUGUUGUAAGAAGGAACGGGGAUAUACAGCAAGAGCAUUGUAUACACAGUAAAAAAUGUAAAAUAGUGUUAAUGUACUGCGGUGGGUAUUUCAGGAAUACUACACAUCGUGCGACUGAACAGUUGCGCACAAUAAAAUAGAAAAGACUAAAGUUUGCAAUAUCAAAAUCUUAUUAAAAAGAUACUUUACAAUCAAUAAUGCAAAAAGCUAAUUCACAGGGUGGUGUUUUUCACUGACUUGUUUAAACAUUUAUGAAAUUAAACAAUUCUACAGUUAAUGCACUUUUAAUUGUUUAUUAAAGAUUUGACUUUUUCUUUUUUUAGAGCAAUGUUUUCAGCUGGAGGUCAAUGACUUGAUAAGAUAGACAGCAGUUCUGAGGCCAGGAAGCUCAGAGGAAUGUUUAAGAAUUCUUGGAGUUUAAAUAGAUUCCUGGAUGAAAAAUAAAAGCAGCCAGCAGUAUGGUGUAAACAGUAAAAUCUAUGCAUAAUGAUGCAUUUAUAAUUAGGGGUUUGCUUCUGUAUGUUUAAAGCUUUUUAAAUAAAUAGAAAAUAUUGUUUGGUCUUUAUGUUAAUGUCUGCAAGUACCUAUUUUUUUUUCCUUUUUUUAUACAAAUUGUACAAAUAUACAUGAAUUAAACUGGUUUGAUUGCAA